CCAGUAGAGGCGGAGGGAACAGUAUGGGGAGGAGGAAGAGGAGGAGGAAGAGGAGGAAUACACGGUGUGACGACGGUGUCACAGUUAACAACUGAUUCAGGUUGACCGGGUGUUAAGGCCCUAACAUCACGUACACUGAGGGAAUAACAGAUACGGAGUAGUAACUAAACCCUGGAGGAGAGGCUGCUGUUGUCCGGACCACUGUCUUCUUGUUGUUGCUCUCUGGGAGGAGGAGGAGGAGGAGGAGGAAGAAGAAGGGCGAGGAUACCAUGGCUCUACUUUCCCCGCAGAUCCGUGGACUUCAGUCAGAUGAGGAGGACUCCAGAGUCCUAAAAGUGAAGGUCAUUGGUGGAAUUGGACUGGCCAAAAAAGAUAUUCUUGGAGCCAGUGAUCCAUAUACAAGACUAUCCCUCUAUGACCCCGCCAAUGGAGAGAUCACCAGUCUUCACACCAAAACUAUAAAAAAGACGCUGGACCCAAAAUGGAAUGAAGAGUUCUUUUUCAGAGUUAAUCCUCAGAAACAUCGUCUGCUGUUGGAAGUAUUUGAUGAGAACCGACUGUCCAUCUUUAGGUCAAAACAAAGAAACACAACAAGGUCCAUACAUAAGACGACGCGUGAUGACUUUCUGGGACAGGUGGAUGUCCCCUUGAAUCAGAUACCGACAGAAAAUCCUAACACAGAAAGGCCAUACACAUUCAAGGAUUUUUUGCUUCAUCCACGAAGCCACAAGUCCAGAGUUAAAGGUCAUCUACGUCUCAAAAUGACCUAUCUGCCAAAAAACCCUGGUUCAGAGGAGGAAGCAGCAGAUCAGACUGAGGACCCUGAUCCUGGUUGGGAGCUGCUCGAGGCUCAGGACAUGUCAGGUCCCAGACAAAGCCAGCUGCUGCCUCCUCUGCCCCCUGGCUGGGAGGAGCGGCAAGACAAUCUGGGAAGAAUCUACUUUGUCAACCACGAAAGCAGAACCACACAGUGGUAUCGACCCACAAUACAAGACAGUGAUUUGGAGAUGCACAGAAGACAGAACACUGAUAUAGAUGUGGAGCAUGCGUUGAAUACACGCAGACAGAUCUCAGACCAUGAGGAAAAUGCAACACGAGAGUCUCCCGAGAGCUGGGAGAUCAUUACAGAGGACGAGUCCACCAUGUACCACAGCAACAACCAGCUCUCAUCACCUCCACCCCAGAUACCUGCGGAGUUCAACUCGAUUUGUGGCGAGCUGAGAAACUUGCAAGUUUCAGGGGCCACAGCUGGCGAGCAGCGCACCUCCCACACGGAUCAUGCUAGUAAUUCAAGCCAUUCCAGUUUUAGAAGAAGUUCCCAGAAUUCUGGAGAGGAACAUCCUGUUAGUCCUGUGCUGGUUCCAACCUCAUCUGGCCUGCCUCCAGGGUGGGAGGAGAAGAGGGACAGUAAAGGAAGACGCUACUUUGUCAACCACAACAGUCGAGCUACAACUUGGACACGACCAGUCAUUCAGAAAACCUCAGACGCAGCAGCAACAGCAGCAACAGCAGCAACAGCAGCAACAGCAGCAACAUUGGCAGCAGCAGCACAGAGUGGUUCAAGUUUACCCCAAAGUCCGCCACCGCCAACUACAUCCCCUGAGGCGUCUCCUCAGCACACACCAAGCCCAGAGGCCACAUAUGAAUCUGGAUUCUUGCCAUCUCGUUGGGAGGUUCGCAGUGCUCCCAAUGGAAGACCGUUUUUCAUUGACCACAUCACAAAGACGACUACCUGGGAAGACCCCAGACUAAAGAUUCCUGUACACAUGAGGAAGAGACCCUCACUUGACCCUGCUGAUCUUGGCCCUCUGCUGCCUGGUUGGGAGGAAAGAGUUCACAGUGAUGGGAGGGUAUUCUACAUAGAUCACAACACCAAGACCACACAAUGGGAUGAUCCCAGAUUACAGAACUCGGCUAUAACUGGACCAGCUGUGCCUUAUUCCAGAGAUUAUAAACAGAAGUAUGACUACUUCCGGAAGAAGCUGAAGAAGCCAGCUGAUAUCCCAAAUCGCUUUGAGAUGAAGCUGAGACGCAGCGCUGUGCUGGAGGACUCGUACCGACGCAUCCUCUCAGUAAAGAGGGCAGAUCUGCUGAAGGCGCGACUGUGGUUGGAGUUUGAGGGAGAGAAAGGACUGGACUAUGGUGGCUUGGCCAGGGAGUGGUUCUUCCUCAUGUCCAAGGAGAUGUUCAACCCGUACUACGGACUGUUCGAGUAUUCUGCCACGGACAACUACACACUGCAGAUUAACCCUAACUCAGGUUUGUGUAAUGAGGACCACUUGUCCUACUUCAAGUUUAUCGGCCGCGUGGCAGGCAUGGCUGUGUAUCAUGGAAAACUGCUGGAUGCUUUCUUCAUUCGGCCUUUCUACAAGAUGAUGCUGCAGAAGCCGAUCACCCUCCAGGACAUGGAGUCUGUCGACGGUGAAUAUUUCAACUCCUUGAUGUGGAUUUUGGAGAAUGACCCAACAGACUUGGAUUUGAGGUUCACCGUCGAUGAAGAGCUGUUCGGACAGACUCAUCAACAUGAACUGAAGCCAGGCGGCAGUGAGAUUGUCAUCACUAAUGAAAACAAGAAGGAAUACAUUGAUCUGGUGAUUCAGUGGAGGUUUGUGAACAGGAUUCAGAAGCAGAUGACUGCAUUCAAAGAGGGAUUCUUUGAGCUGGUACCACAAGAUCUGAUCAAGAUCUUUGAUGAGAAUGAGCUCGAGCUGCUCAUGUGUGGUCUCGGAGACGUGGACGUGAACGACUGGAGAGAGAACACUAAGUACAAGAAUGGCUAUUGCUCCAACUUCGUAGUUAUCCAGUGGUUUUGGAAGACAGUGCUGCUGAUGGAUGCAGAGAAGCGAAUCCGGCUCUUACAGUUUGUGACGGGAACAUCCAGGGUCCCAAUGAAUGGCUUUGCUGAACUCUAUGGGUCUAACGGACCACAGCUGUUUACCAUUGAGCAGUGGGGAACACGCGAUAAACUCCCCCGAGCCCACACAUGCUUCAACCGUCUGGACCUUCCUCCUUAUGAGUCAUUUGAGGAACUGAGAGAGAAACUUCACAUCGCCAUUGAAAAUGCAUAUGGUUUCGAUGGGGUGGAUUAAUCCCGGGCGUGGUGAAUGAACUGACAUUUACUGCCAUCAGAGUAAAGCCGAUGCCAAGCAGAGAGACGAGCUUGGCGUUACACUCGGGUCUUAACCUGCCAGCUGUGUGACAGAUGAAGGACAGUCGCACAACUCUCACUUUGCUCCUUGGUCUUGACGCAUGGAGAAAAGGACUUCACAUCUGGACAGACCGAAGACUUAAUUCAUGAAAUGUAAUGUUUACAAAUUAGAUUUUCUUCUUAUUAGAUUAUAUUGUUUUUGCAUUUUUUACAUCGCUCAAAAGUGGAUCGACUUUUAUCUGUUCUGUUAAAAGAUUUAAUAUUUAUAGGGCAUGAUUCGGUGAAAUGUGAAUGUAAAACCAUCAGUUUAAUUUGGGGUGAACAGCCUCAGAAACACUUAAUGCUCAGCUUCUCACAUCAGAGACUUAAUGUAGUUAUCUUAGCCCUAAGCCUGUCCCUGUCACUAAAUGAAUACAAACAUAUGAGGGGUGUUGAGUUGGACCAUGGGUUAGAAUAGUCAAAGAUACUGUGGUUAAGUUCAUGUUUAUAUAAAGACAGUAUACUGUGUUUGGUGUAUGAAUGAGACUUACACCCAUGUCUAUUGUCAAGAACUAUUAAACUCCAAAAUUACUUAAAACUAAAUGUGAACAGUGAAAUUGGCCCAGCUGCUUAAAGAAUCACACAGAAGUUUGAAAAUAAAAAAGAUCGAGGCAUCAGUGAGAUUAUUCCACAUGUAAAUAAAGUUUUAGACAACAAAACAUAAAUACAAAUUGGUAAUUCAACCCAAAAUAAAUCACGUGAAGACGUUUUCUCCCCAGUUUCCUUUUAUUUGAAUUCUUUACGUAACUAUUUUUCAUUCCAGUAUAUUAGAACCUCUAAUGCAGGAAACCCACUAUGUAAACACCUCAUAACUUUAGCAGAAACUGUGCAGAUAUAUCCAAGUGGGAUUGAUUACACUUGAACAAAGUGUAUUAAUUCACCUUUAUAGUAGUGAUGUACCAGGACCAGUAAAUGGCUAAACUAAUUAUGAUACUGUAGCGGUGUUUCCACAGGUGAAAAGAAGUGACUACAUGCAGUGCUAGACUGUGUUGAAAUACUAUGCAUAUUUGUACAUAUUGACAUAACGAUUGAAUACCACUUGAUUUUUGAGUUUAUCAGACAAAUAUAUUGUACAUACAAAUAUAACUCUGCCGUCUAUUAACUGAAAAGCAACUGUCAAACUGAAGUAAGGAAAAAAACAAUAUUGGUGCAUGUCCACAUUAUGCAUCUUUUUGUUUUUCAUUCAUGAUAAGUAGCUACUCAUACUAAAGUCAUAGUUAUAUGUAUAGAUUCACAAUAGAUGUCGUGGGCGGUGGCUUUUAGAAAUCUUCUCAGAUGGAUUGUUUUAAACAUGUUUAGUUUUCGUCUGCUCAUCAUGGGUGUCUAACUGCAGCGUGGUGCUCUGUUUUUAAGAGUACAACUUUUGAAAUGUAUUUUGUAGGUUGUCGAAACGUGUACAGAUAAUUGUUUUCAAUAUCACUUAUCAUACCUUUGUAAGAGAGUAGCCGUACUUAAGCCUUGGUUUGAACUUUUUCUGAAUGGUAAAACAUGUGUUUACAUUGCCUGCCAUGUUUACAGCUCCUUGAUAAAGGAAGGAAUCAUGGGCUGGUUCUUGUCUCUGACGACACAGUUUUAUACUUACGCUUUUAUAAAGUGAAGCACUUUGUUUAUAUUGAUGAGUCUUACUUCUAAACUGUCUGGUUCUUGGCCAAUCUGUCAUCUGCAGACUGUUUAAAUCCCUCUUUGAAAAAACAUGAUCCUAUGCUUCAAGUGCACAUGUGUUUUAAAUGUUUACGUGUGAACAUCGCUGAAAAUAAGCACAUUCUCUUCUUUCACUGAUUUCAAGUUAAAUACGGAGGCCUUUGUUUGUAAUAUACUGUGGAAUUUAAUUGUGUUUAUUGAUGUUCUAAUCUCUAAAUGGAAGUACUGUUAUAUAUGUAUCAUUCUCUACUGAAGAAUAUGAAUAGAUCAACACUUUAUUUCUGAUAUAUUAUAGAAUUUAAUUAGAACACCUACAAGUGCAUUAAAACAACAAUAUACAUGUAACAUAUUGACAAAUAACAGGUGGGAGGGUGAAAGCUGUUAAAUGACAAUUUGAUGACCUGUAACACCAAAUUAAAUAUAAAUAUAACUGAAGAAUAAAGAUAAUUAAGAAGCAA